AGAAACGACACAUUCUCUUCUCCCCUGGAGAAAAGCUCCGAACGUGACUGAGGUCAACAAAGACAACAGUCACAGUCUCGGUCUCCUCCAAGCAUUCUUAAUCUCUGCUGCCCGAGAGAGAAGCACAGACAGGGAGCUACAGAGAAACUUAUACAGCAAUGGAGUGUCUCAAGACCCCCUUCAAAGGGAUCGUCAAAGAUGCCAGAGGAAGAGCCGCAUGUUACAAGCAGGACUGGGCUUGUGGGUUUUGUUCAGGCAUGAGGAUUUUGGCCCCAACAGCAUAUAUCUUCUUUGCUUCUGCUCUUCCUGUUAUAGCCUUCGGGGAGCAGCUAAGUCGAGACACCAAUGGCAGUUUAAGUACGGUCGAGACUUUAGCUUCCACUGCUAUAUGUGGGAUUAUCCACUCGAUUUUCGGUGGCCAGCCUCUUUUGAUCUUAGGGGUCGCGGAACCGACAGUUAUAAUGUACACUUAUCUGUACAACUUUGCCAAGGGGAGGUCGGACCUGGGGAGCGAGUUGUAUUUGGCUUGGGUUGGGUGGGUAUGUGUCUGGACAGCAUUACUGCUAUUUCUUCUCGCCAUAUUCAAUGCCUGCACGAUCAUUACGAGAUUCACUAGGAUAGCAGGGGAACUCUUUGGCAUGCUGAUUACUGUUCUCUUCAUGCAAGAGGCCAUCAAGGGGUUAAUCAGCGAAUUCAACAUCCCUAAAGCUGACAACCCAGUUCUAGAGAAGUAUCAAUUCCAGUGGCUCUAUACAAAUGGAUUGCUCGCCAUUAUCUUUGCUAUCAGCCUGCUCUAUACUGCACUCAAGAGCAGAAAGGCAAGGUCUUGGCGAUAUAGCACUGGAUGGUUCCGCGGAUUCAUAGCUGAUUACGGUGUUCCUCUUAUGGUCCUUACUUGGACGUCGUUAUCGUUCGCAGUUCCGAAAAGAGUUCCCGAUGGAGUUCCAAGAAGACUAUUUUGUCCACUCCCCUGGGAAUCUGCUUCUCUGCACCAUUGGACAGUAAUUGAGGAUAUGUGGAAAGUUCCUCCGACAUACAUAUUCGCUGCUUUUAUACCAGCGGUGAUGAUAGCGGGGCUCUAUUUCUUCGACCACAGCGUGGCUUCACAGAUGGCUCAACAGAAGGAGUUCAAUCUCAAGAAACCAUCGGCUUACCAUUACGACAUCUUUUUGCUUGGACUAUUGACAUUGCUAUGCGGAUUACUUGGACUUCCUCCUUCCAAUGGAGUACUCCCACAGUCUCCUAUGCACACUAAGAGUCUGGCUGUUCUCAAUAAGCAGAUGAUUCGAAAGAGGAUGGUUCAGAGCGCAAAGGAAUGCAUGAAGCAACGAGCAACCAAUUCCGAGAUUUAUGGAAAGAUGCAAGAAGUGUUCAUUGAAAUGGACAGGACUCCAACCUUCACUUCCACAGUUAAGGAGUUGCAGGACCUGAAGGAGGCGGUUUUGAAAGCGGAUGAUGGAGAAGACGGAAACACUAAAUUUGACCCCGAGAAGUACAUCGACGCCCACUUGCCCGUCAGAGUCAAUGAGCAAAGGAUGAGCAACCUGCUGCAAUCAUGCCUUGUGGGAAUAUCAGUAUGUGCGAUACCUGUCAUUAAACUAAUACCUACAUCAGUUCUUUGGGGUUACUUCGCCUACAUGGCUAUUGAUAGUCUACCAGGGAAUCAGUUCUGGGAAAGGAUUUUGCUUCUCUUCAUCACCCCUGGUCGACGUUACAAAGUUCUGGAAGGAGUUCAUGCUUCAUUUGUCGAAUCAGUACCGUUCAAAUCCAUCGCAGUGUUUACACUCUUCCAAUUUGUGUAUCUUCUCAUCUGUUAUGGGGUGACGUGGGUGCCUAUUGCUGGCAUAUUGUUUCCAUUGCCAUUCUUCCUUCUUAUAAGCAUAAGGCAGCACAUUCUUCCCAAGCUGUUUAAGCACGAUCAUCUUCACGAGUUGGAUGCUGCCGAGUACGAAGAAAUCGCUGCCACCCCAUACCGCAGUCAAAGCCUCUCAUUCAAGGACAUAAGACCAUCUGAUUCUGGUGAUGAGGACAGCGAAGAAGAUUUCUAUGAUGCUGAGAUAUUGGACGAGAUGACAACAAGUAGAGGCGAGUUGAAGCUCAGAACUGUGAGCUUCAAAGAAGAGAUGCUCUUUCGUGUCCGCCCAGAAGAUGCCUCUCGAGCAUGAUACUUCGAUAAAUUUCCUAAUAUUAUCGAAUAGCAUAGUUUGAGUUCCUCUGUAUAAACUGUUGACAAGAGUAUAACAGGCCAAAGGAAAAGCUGAAGAAAAAGCCAAAAACUGUAGGAUUGAUUGCCUGAAGCAUCUUCCACAGGAUAACCACCUAACGGAAAUUUUUUUUUCCUUACUCAAAAUUUUUAGAGUAUACAUUUGAAGGGGAACUAGAGAUGGGGAUGGAUAUAAGGAUUAAAAAGUGAAAGUAUUGGUAAGAGAUGUAGACAGAAUUUAGCUUGUGCAAGCAUUAUUUGGACUCUAUUGAAUGUCUGAGCUCUACAAUUAAA